AGUAAGUACCCGGUAUAUUCGACGCAAGGUCAUAGUUUGCUGUUUUGGUGUAUAACUAGUUCUUUUUUAAUUUGAGUGUACCCUGAUAAUUCAUGGUGAUUUUCUUUCACUGUGUUUCUUCCUGUGAAUAGUUUGAUAAUGCGUCGAAUAAUAUUCAAUGGUAUGCUCAAUGAGAAACCUAAAUUUUGAUCGAUAUAGUAUAGCUCAAUGUAUGCUUAUGUCCUAUUUCGUUUUUUAUUCAUGAGAUGAAAAUCUAUAAGUUACAGACUUCUCAUUAUAGCUUUUAAUUUCUAUGGUUUUUGCAAGUUAUUGUGAAACGACUUCAGAUUUAGGAAUUUCGAUGGAUAUUGAUACUUAAGUAUCCUAAUUAGAAUCGAAAUUUCGAUACUCAGCAGUGAGAUAUCUUGGUGAUCAUUUCAUUAAUAAUAUGUUAUCAUCGGCUCACAGUUCGUUGUGCUUCUGUCGAAUCUUGAUAUGCCGUAGCAGUAAGGGAAAUUCUUCAUUCUUUCGACUGUAAUAUAUGUUGAUAAGCACUAAUAUCCACUACCUCCCUUAGUAAAUUUAUUGCACUGAAUCCAGUAAAAUUUAAAAAUAACAUCAAAUAUAUUGCUAAAGGCAAAACUGAUAUAUUCACAGUAGUUCCUGGCCUCAUUUUAUAAACAUCUGCCAAAUGUUUGGCAUUCAGCUUCACACCAAAUACUUGUUUUAUAAUUCCUAUAGUUACUGCUUUAGUGAUUCCGGUUACAUGGCGUAAGCUAAGUCACAGUUAUUUCCUUUUUCCCUUUAGACGUGUCAAUAGGUUUUCAUGUUAUCUUUCUCCAACGAUUUCAUUACACAUCGUCUGGUGGUUUACUGAAAAUUUGUUUUAUUCAUUCAAUGUAAUUUAGUGUUUUAUUCACAUACCAAUGAAUCUAGGCUCCUAAAAACAGAUAACUGAAGUGUUUUUUCGUGACCAUCAAAGUAGUCUUUAAAUAUGGUUUAACAUCUACUCAGUUUCCGUUGGAUUUCACUUUUUCAGAUCGAUUUUCUUGAACACUGGAUUGAUGCCAUAAUGGCGUGAUUUAUUUAAGUGUCAUGUGAAAUCUGCAUGACCGUAUUUUUCGAGGUUGCUGGUAACUUACCUGAAUAAAUGAUAUCAAAAUGAUUAGUAAAUCAAAUAUUUCCACUUCUAGAUCGUGCGGUCCAUCACUCGAACAGCAGCGAAGGAGAUUCGAAAGUACACAGUUAAGGUUACAAAUGCUAUCGCGAAAGACAGAGGAAAUUCAUAUUGAUGAAUAUAUUAAAAAGCUUGCACUGGACAAUUCUGUCGUCACAAGCAAAGAUGAUAAUAAUUCAUCUGUUUCCAAGGUCAAAACAACUUUACCUGUAGCUCCUCACUCUUGCAUUCCUACUCACAAUACGCCUAAUCGUGGUGGUAAGUUCUCAGAUCAAAUCUCUGGUGUAUUUUCAACUGAACAAAUGUGUGAGAACCCAUCGCAUUUACUUUAUUUUCCGGAGGUUGGAUAUCUGAAUACUGCAAACUCGUUUUCUCCAGCCACUUCUUUAGCUAAACCGUCAUGGUUAGUGAAUCUCUCUUCCCUACCAUCAAUUUAUGGCGAUGCCAUUCGUGCCGCUACAACAAGUUAUGGUCUCGACAGUUCAAUAAUUUACGAGAUAUUCCGCUCGUCCAAUUUGAGCACAGAAGCAUUGUAUCAUAUUUGGUCACUUACAAGCUGCACUCAACCUGGUUGGUUUACACCGACUGAGUUAGUGACUGCCUUAGCUUUAAUCGGCCUGGCACAACGUAAGCAAUGGGAAUUCCAAUCAUGUUCUCUUUCCGAAACUAUUACUAUCCAAUCACUUUACGGACAAAUAUGUCCACCUGUCCCUAUGAUACAAAUCCCUAACUCCAGUAGGCCGUCUAAUUCUACAGAUACGAUUUCUGGGCCGGAGUUAGUUACUCAUGGAAAUCCCCCAACUAGUUUUCGAGAUCCAGUAAUCUCAGGAUGUUCAAAGUUUCCCUUCCAACCUCCCGUCGUAGCCUUUUCUGCAUUUUCCAACCGAUUGGAUAACGAUUCUUGUCACCAGUCUAUUCAGUCAUCUAUAAAUUCCAGCACAUUAAAUAAUUCUGUUUACAAGACACCAGAUCCCUUCAUGCAUUUCGUUUCAUCAGGAACCGUAUCUAUAAAUGACCCUGAGUGGUCUGACUUUGCUUCUUUUAAUACUUCCGUUAAGCAAUCAAAGCAUAAUAGUAAUAAUAUCCCGAAAGUCUCUACAGAAGUUGAUAUUAAUGGCCAGAAAAAGUCAGUCACGAGCUCUCACAACUCCCUAUUUGAUGAAGAGUUUGGAAAUUUUCAAACUAGUUAUUCCGUUAAUGUAUCAAAACCGACUGAAAUUCUUGAUAAGCUUCCUCAUUCUAAUUCACUAACUACAGCGAAUAAUGAUAAUCUGUUAAAAUUACCAAUACAGAAAAGUGCUUAUAAUGAUGUACAGAAUAAAAUGAAUUCUUCAGAAUCUUUAUACGAACAAUGGCUUCAUUGUUUGACUGAUUGCUUGAAAGUAUUCAAUGAUUCAUUGUUAGUUUUAUCUUCUCUUAAAAGUAUGGAAGAUCAAUUUGAAUUUGCAGAAAGUGAAGAAGGAUGUAAUUUCUUAUUGGAUGCCACUGAAAUUUAUUUGAUGACGAGACGAAUUAGCAUUUCAGCCAAGAAUUACAAUGUGAUUGAUUCAUCUAUGCAUCAACUGUUUUCGGAUAUUGAAAAUUCAUUUCGUAAAUUAUCAUCGUAUGCUGUUGUAACUGAUCUAAAGAAUAAAAUUGGUCAGGCUUUUAAUUUUGUUUCAACAUCAGAAAAUGAAUUCGUUAUUCAAGACUUCAUUAAUUCAACCACCUCCUCAUAUUGCGGAGUUUGUCUUUCAUCGAUCAGCUUGACUAAUGAUCUGUGUGUUAAUAAUCAUUGCAAUGAAUCAUCCAGUUUUUCUCAACACCAACAAACUAACUAUCAUUUAGUUUAUAUUAAUCUAGCUGGUCGUUGCUAUCAUAUAUCAUGUGCUAAUUUCUGGAUGAAUCGUAUCAAUCCGUGUUUACCCGCUCUUAAAAUCCCAUUGUAAUCGUUGUGAUGUAACAUCGAAUUCAUUUUGUUUCCUCUUAUAAUCAAAUAUUUUGUGAUUAUAUAUAUUUUGUAUAUUUAUGAAGCAUUUCAUGUAUUUCAUCUCAUUUUUGUCCACUGAUUUUGGUUUGUAUCAUUAUAAGCUCCAUAUUUUCUUCCGUCUGUAUUCAUCUAUGAUCCCAAUUUGUUGCUCUUAUGAUGUCUUUACUUAUUAAUCUAUCUGUGUAUUAAAUCUAUUUACUGUGAUGCAAUAAAAUGCUAUUUUAUUUUAA